AGCUUGGCUUCCCCCUUAAUUGGCGCAGAGGGAGCAGGAGCACGAACACGAAUUGAAUGAAUGGAUCGUGCUUCUGCUUUUCUUGGGGUUUUGCGUGACAAGGGAAACAGUGUGAUGGUCUCUCCCUCUCUCCCUCUCCCACUGAUCCCCAAUUGACACAGUCCUUCGCGAACACCGACUUGUGCCCCUCAAUCGAGAUGGUGUCCCUCACGAAGCUCCUUCCCCACAAGCGCGAAAAAAAGGGAAUCACCGCCUCUGAGCCCCCCCAUGACGCGCCAGGAGAAGCAGGCGGGACAGUGCUGGCGUCGGUGACGACCGACGACAAUGGCCGUACCGUCGGUCUCGAGGACCCAAACGACCCUGCCCUCGUCGAUGAUCCUGCCAUUUUCGCGUCCGACGUUCCCGUCGUUGCGGUCCCGCCGCCCGAGGGCGAGGUGAGCAAGGACCUCGUCGACUCCAAGGGCAAGCCUUACAUCGACCCGCGCGUCUAUGGCGGCACGAGCAUCGACCAGACGGGCCCCGGACUUGGAGAGCCGCUGAACGUCAUUGUCUCUGCGCUCUCGUCGCCGGACCUCUUGACGCGAAAGGGCCUGCAGCAAUACCUCCGCUCGCUGGACCUCGACAUGGAGUGCUUUGGACUCCACUCCGGCAACCCACAGAAGGCCUGGCUCGACCCGCGCGGAUGGGUCGACGAGAACUUUCUCUACCGCGAGGUCUACACGCCCCUCGACCACCUGUUUGGAACAUGCAUCGAGUCGCUGAGGGGCGGCAACCACAUCCGUGUCUGGCAGCAGAUGGGCACCGGCGCCUGGUUCUUUGCCGCGUCCAAGGAGGAGGACGUGAGCAAGCAUCACAUGAUCAUCCCCGACGGCUACAACAUCGGCCGCGACUGGGUCGUCCAGCAGGGCCAGCGCAACAAGAACGGCGUCACGUCGUUCAUGUUCAAGACGUACCAGACCCAGGUCGAGUACCUCACGGACCUGAUGCCCGCAGGCACAGCGGGCAUCAACCACAACAUUGCCACCGACGGCCGGACCGCACUCCUCACGAUCAAGGUCCUCUCGUCGCAGGACAAGGCGGCCCUCAAGGCGGCCUCGGCAGCGGCGGCGACGACAACCACAACCACAACAACAACAAAGAACCAGAAGCGGACGAGCCUCCUGGCCAGGGUCGCGCCUUCUUCCAAGAAGGCGGCCCGGCCCGUCUCGCAGGACGUCAAAGUGGCCCCCGCGGUCCCUGUGCCCGCGCAAGCCGGGCCCGUUGCCGCUGCCGCAUGAAAAGAUCCCCAUGUCAUACCCCUUCUUUUGCUCUGCUCUGCUCUAAAUGGAUAUAAUUGCC